UAGGAGAGGGUUUCCUGAGAUGAAAGAUUACUUCCGUCCGGGCUCUGGCCUCUCUCUGGAGCCGGCUCGUUGGGGGCUGGGGAGCGGGGUGCGCGGGGCUCGGGGGCCGCGCCUUGCCACCUGCAGCGCCCGCAGCCGGCGGGACGCGCGCGGCCGGGUCGGGGGGCUAACGCGGGGGGAUUCUUGCAGGUGGGACUCGAGGGCAUUGCCUAGCGCCCAAGCCAUGGUGGCCAAACAGCGGAUCCGGAUGGCCAACGAGAAGCACAGCAAAAACAUCACCCAGAGGGGGAACGUAGCCAAAACCCUGAGGCCGCAAGAAGAGAAAUACCCUGUGGGACCAUGGCUGCUGGCACUGUUUGUUUUUGUUGUCUGUGGCUCAGGUCGACCCAAAACACUGGCCUUUCCUGGAGACCGCCAGAACUGUCUCGAAAUUGUGACACCCAAAGUGGCUGUCACUCCCCUGAGACUGACAAGCAGGAUGUUUGAGGAGCUGGGCAGCCUUGGAGAAGGUCUUCUAUUUCACCACAAAGGGAAGACUGAGGACAUGCCUCUGCCGAGAAACUCCUGCCUCGAGACCUGACAUGGACACUCUGGAAAAGAUGUCUCCUCAGCCACUGGCUCCCUCAAGCUAUCUUUCAGAUCAUUCAGAGCAUAAGGAUGGGCAUGUGAGAAGGCCUGGGGAUUUGACCCUGCCCCCUCCCUCUGGAGGGCAGAGGACCACUUAAGCUUUUAGCCAGGGAUCUGUGGGAAGCAAACAGCCACACCGAGUAGAAAAAAAAGGCUCCCUCCAUUGUUCCCUGAUCACUUCAUCGUGGAUGUCAGACCACAUUGCCUUCUCACAGGACAUCUUGGUACAUCCGUGUUCUCGAGCGGAAAGGACAUUUUGCUUUUCUGUUGGUGGGAUUGGUAGCUCCCAGAUGUCUGCGGCAGCACCCUGUCUGGUUUUGCCCCUGGUCUCACAAAUGUAUGUAUGUGGCCCUCCGAAGGAUCACCAGGUUACUUGCUAUGGAUACAGCCUCUCCUCCGUUGGGGAUUGGUUUUACGAAUAAAUGUCUUUGUUCAACCUUA